UUUGCUCCCGCGACAAAGAGCCUUUCUCUCUUUUGUUUAUUGCUUUCAAGAACUGGAAAGCCAACACAACCAAGUGGGGCUCGCUCCCAACAUAACCCUUUCUCUCUCUCUCUCUCUCUCUCUCUCUCUCUCUCUUUUCCCAUAUUCUCUCUUUCUUUUUAUCAUUUCACAUUCCUAAUUAAUUAGCAUUCCUGAGUUGUGACUCUCUCAUUUGGAAAGCUGAACUUCACCAUCAUCCAGGAAAAUUCAAUAAUGGUGAAGGAAACUGAGUAUUAUGAUGUUCUUGGUGUCAGCCCUUCUGCUUCAGAGGAUGAGAUUCGCAAAGCUUAUUAUCUUAAGGCCAGGCAAGUUCAUCCAGAUAAAAAUCCAAAUGAUCCUCAGGCUGCAGAAAGAUUUCAGGUGUUAGGUGAAGCUUAUCAAGUCUUGAGUGAUCCAGUGCAAAGAGAUGCUUAUGAUAGGAAUGGAAAGUAUUGCAUAUCAAGGGAAAGCAUGCUUGAUCCUACAGCUGUUUUUGCUCUUCUGUUCGGAAGUGAAUUAUUUGAGGACUACAUAGGACAUUUAUCUGUGGCAUCUAUGGCUUCUUCAGAAUUAGCUACUGAAAUUGACAAUCCUGAGAAAAUGCAUGAUAAAUUGAAGGCUGUUCAAAAAGAAAGAGAGGAAAAGCUCGCAAGAUUGCUUAAAGAUUUUCUUAACCAACAUGUUCGAGGUGACAAGAUAGGAUUCUUGAGGCGUGUUGAAUCUGAAGCUAAACGGCUCUCUGAUGCAGCUUUUGGAGUAGAUAUAUUACAAACUAUUGGCUACAUAUAUUCAAGACAAGCAGCACAAGAGCUUGGAAAGAAAGCAAUUUAUCUCGGGGUGCCAUUUUUGGCUGAGUGGGUUCGCAAUAAGGGCCAUUUCUGGAAGUCUCAGAUUACAGCAGCAAAAGGAGCUUUUCAGUUGCUGCAGCUUCAAGAGGAUAUCCGCAAGCAAUUUAAAAUGGAUGGAAGUGGCCCUGAAAACGACGUUGAAUCUCAUCUACGCUCAAACAAAGAGAUACUGAUGAACUCAUUAUGGAAAUUGAAUGUAGUGGACAUUGAAGUUACCCUUGUACACGUUUGUCAAAUGGUCCUGAGGGAAAGUAAUGUUAGCAAGGAAGAACUUAAAGCCCGUGCCUUGGCUCUGAAAAUUCUUGGAAAGAUCUUUCAGGAAAAGCAAGCACGAAAUGGGUCAACAUCGAAAGGAAAAAACGCUGCUGCAAUUGCUGAUGUAGAUGAUGAUGAUGGAAGCAGUUCUGAGAGCAGUAGUGAAGAGGAUUCACCAAAAGCAAUAUCAUAUAGAACUCCUUUACUUACUCAGGGCAUUGGUAGACUCUUCAGAUGCCUUUGUAAUCCAGCAUUUGAUGUGGAUGAUGAUGAGAUUGUGUACAAAAGCAAGUGAUGCUGAUGCAUAGUAUGUACAUAACCAAGGUUUGACGAUAUGAAAUUUGUGUUGAGCAAGUGAUAAAGUUAGCCGAAGCCAUCUUGUUGAAAGAACUUUUAUUAUUGAUGGACAGAUUGGCGCAAGCUUCUUUGUUUUAUUUUUUCUUUUUCAUUUUUUUUUUCAUUUAAAGGCAAGAUAAGAAUACUUUCGCAAUCACAUUGUUUGGUAUCUGCUACAGCAAAAUGACUUCGUGUAUAAAGUUAGAAACCAAUUUGUUCAUUUCA